UUCCAAUUAACUACAAUUGAUUGAUUUCUCUUUUGAUUUUUCAUUUUCUUCUAUUCCAAUUUGUUUACAUGUUUAGAUUUUCUCUUUCACCGAGAAUUUCAUUUUCCUUUGGCAGAAUUUUAAACAGCGACAUCUAGAAUUUUGUGUUUAUCGACAAGUCGAUGUCUCCAUGUGGUUAAUUGUGUUUUCCUUUAAUUCAUUUUCUCUUGAUUGUUAUUAUUGAUUUUCUUUAAUAUUUAUUUACUUUUUAUUCUAUUUUAUGUUGUUUUCUUUUUCUAUUGUGUCUUGGUGAUUUUAAUAUUUUCCAUUCAGUUGAUUGGUUUACCAUUUUGAUCAACUAUGGCUGGACAGUUUGAGUUUAUCAAAGACCAUUGGAUAGUCAUUGAAGCUGUUGACGGUAAUGAUCCUGAACCUGAUGGCAAUGAUGAGAAAACAAGGGAUAAGGAUAGAGAAAAGGAUAAAAAGAAGGAUAAAUCAAGUAGAAAGCGUCACCGAUCUUCAGACGAUUCAGAUGAUGAACGAGUUAAAAAGAAGAAGAAGAAGAAAAAGUCAAGUAAAAAACGAUCCAGGAGGAAGAAGAACUCUUCUUCGAGUGAUGAUUCAGAUUCAAGUGAUUCUAGUAUUCGAAGGAAGAAAAAGAAGAAAAAGUCUAUUAAAAAGACUAAAACAAAAAAAUCUAAGAGUAAGAGAGAAAAGUCGAGAGAUAAAGGUAGAGAAAAAGAAAAAGACAGAGAAAAGGAAAAAGAGAAAUUGAAAGAGAAAGAAAAAGAAAAAGAAAAAGAAAAAGAGAGAGAAAGAGAAAGAGAACUAGAGAGAGAGAGGGAAAAAGAAAAGGAGAAAGAACGAGAGAGAGAGAAGGAGAAAGAGAGAGAGAAAGAGAAAGAAAAAGAGAAGGAGAAGGAAAAAGAGAAAGAAAAAGCGAGGGAUAAGGAUAGAGAAAGAGACCGAGAUCGAGAUCGGGAGAAAGACAAAGGUGACAGAUCGAAGCGUAAAUCAGAAUCAUCAAUACCUAAGGUAUCAUCUUCAUCAUCGUCAAAAAAAGAUUCAGGUCGUGAUGAUAAUCCAUGUUCACUGAUCAAAUAUACCAUAACAAAACCAUCCAUCCAAUACUGUGUGAAUAUAAGAAGUGUUUCUGAUAUAUCAACAUUUUCAUACGAGUCUUUAAAAUCAUCGGGUAAAUCAUCAUCAACAGCACCAACAACAAGCUCAUCAUCUGUAAAAAAAUCUUCAUCUUCUUCACAUUCUAAGUCGCUCCUGAACAAAUUAACCUCAUCUUCUGUUAAAUCAGAAAAAGACUCCGAUUCUCGUCAUAAUGAACAUAGUGACAUGUCACCUUCAGAGAAACGCGUUCUUGAAAAGCUGAAAAAACAACAACAAAAAGAAUUGGAAAAAGGUGUUGACAAAAAGUCUAAAACCGAAUUAAAAACUGAUGCCAUUGUUACUUAUAAUUCCUCAAAGAAACAUCAUACAUCAUCCGAGAUGCCAUCAAAGACCGAGAUUAAAGAUGAACCUAAAAACAAUGAGAAAACAACAAACGAAUCAGAUAAAUUAAUGGAAACUGAUAAAACAAAGAUAAAAACUGAACAUUCAGAAAGUUCUACUUCAGAAUCAAUGGAAACAUCUGAUACAAAAGAAACUGUUACCAAGGAAUCUGGUGAUAAAUCAACAUCUGAUGAGAGCAAUAAAAAGAUGACUGCCAAAGAGCUAUUGGAUAAAGUUCGUGCUAAAAAGAGUAGUGACUCUGCGAAUAAGAGUAAAAUAUUGUUAACCAAAUUACCAAUAAUCGGAAAAAUUAGGAAAUCAACUAAAAAGGAUACAAUUAAAAGUGAAGAGGAAUCACCAGUUAAAGAGAAACAAGAUCAACCUGUUUACUCAAUUGGCACCGAUUAUCAUUGGUAUUAUCGUUAUUACAUGAAUGCUUAUGGAUUAGAUCCUCAUUCAGCUUCUUAUUAUGCACAAUAUCAUAUAAGUACUUCUGGUGAAUAUCAAACACCAGAUUUAUCAACAUGGUUUCAACACCAAGGAUACAAUGUACUUUCAAUUCCAACAGCUGACCAACAACUAUUAAUGCAAAUGAAUUUACAUAUGCAAUCCAUAGGUGUUCAACCUCAGAAUCAGGUUCAACCACCACCACCUCCACCUCCUCCAGUAGAAAAUGUGACUGUUGUUGACAUUGAAGGAGAAGAAAUAAAAUCAGAAAUUAAACAAGAAAUUCAACAAGUGCCAGAGACUGAAAAAGUUACUCCUGAAGAAAAUACAGUUCCACAUGAAGAAACCGUUACAAUGGAAAUUCAGCAAUCGCAUGAAAAUGAGACCAAAGAUGAAUUGGAAAAGGUUGAAAAAGCAGAAAGUUCUGUUACUCUUGUUGCAGAUGAAAAUUUCGAGGAAAAUUUAAAACAAGAAAAUAUCUCACAAGUUCCUGUAACUGAUGAUAAGGUUGAAACUGAAGCCAUGGAAGUAGAACCAAGUGAUACUCUAAUUAAUUCCGAAAUUGCGACAAAUGAACCAGCAGAAGUAUUCGAGAAGAGAGAAACACUCCAAGAGACAGGUAACAAAGAUUCAAGUGAAAUAAUCCAAGUCAUAGUACCAAGAAUACCUCUUAGUGCAAAUGAAAUGUUACUUGCCAGUGGUAAAUCACCUGAACCUGAAUAUUAUCAUGAGGAUGGUGAUAAUGAGCCACAAGAAUUACCAUCACCUCCACCACCACCACCACCACCCAUGAGACCAACAAUGACCCAUUUGAAAACAGAGAAAGAAAUUUGUUUACCCAAUGGUCAAAAAUUACCCACAGGAACUGAACAGAUUAUCAUUCAUCCUUAUCCUUCAUCACACCCAUUCUCAAAUCAUUUUAUUGCCGAUAAAUUUGCCAAAGGUUUGGCAGAAAAUCACAAUCAACCCCAAGAGAAUGGUGCCAAUCCUAAAUGUUCAUCAACCACUACCAAUCUUUCCCAUAUUCACAAUCAAUGUUGUUUCAAGUAUCUCGCCAAUGUCUUUAUGGUCUGAUUUAACACUGAUUUGAUUACAAUUUACACCAACAAUCACAACUGAUUACAACCAGGAACACACUAAAUGUAAACCUAAGUACAAUUGGUUAUUUCAAAAAUGAUUGAUGUUGAUUGUUAAACAAAAUUACAAAUAUUUUACAGGAAAA